AUGCAGGACUCUGGAGAAAUGCUGCAGUGCAGUGAACUGUUUGAUACUCAGAUUGACUCAAACCAAAGAAAGCUGAAGAAUGAGCUGGUGGAGAUCAGGCGUAAGGGUUCGCGGCGCCCCCAAGAGGUUGGGGAGCGUCAAUGCGCCCGUUGCCUGAAGGGCCUGGGCCUGAUUUUCGACCGCGGGGAGCACUGUGAGCAGUGUCUACAGCGUGUCUGCAGCGACUGUCGCGUGAUGGCCCCUAAAGCAAAGCAUUGGAAGUGCUCCAUCUGUGCCAAAGUCUUGGAGCUGAAGGUGGUGACCGGGGAGUGGUUCCUAGAGGAGCGGUCCAAGCGGUUUGACAAGGGGACAGUGCUCAGCAGUGAUGUGGUCAAACAGUCUAUCAUGAGCAGCCCCGUAGGAAGCCCCCACAGGAAGUCCCCAGCGCCAGCUGACACACCUGAGAGGCCUGACACCCCAAAAUCAGGAAGAAGCGCCGUGAGGAACCUGGUGGAUGGUGCCAAGAGGAAAGGGAAAGGGUCCUUCAGGAGGGGGUCUUACAGGUUUGGGAGGGUGUCCCGCUGGUCUGGGUGGGAUCGUAGUCGUUCUGAGUUGGACCUGUCUGUUCCUGGUUCUGCCAGUGAUGAGGCCCUCAGUCUGAGGAGCCGCUCCGUUCCUGGGCUCAAUGACACGGAGUUUGAUGAUAAUGAUAAAGACGAGGACAUCGAUGCUCUGAUGUCGGCACACAGCAGGGCCGCCAGCCGACGCAUGAGCUGCGCCGUGUCUACGUCUUCUACUCCCGGCUCAGAGAGAAAAUGGGGCUACCUCAGUGUUCCUGGCGACUCGGAUGCAGAAACUACCAGUCUGAACAGUAUGAUGAGUAUGUACAGUGAGACUGGUGACUAUGGCAACGCCAACGUGAGUGGCGAGCUGCUGUUGAACAUCAGCUACAGCUAUAAGACAGGCGCUCUUAACGUCCUGGUGAAGGAGUGUCGCAACCUGGCCACCGGCGAUGAGAAGAGGCAACGCACAGAUGCCUAUGUGAAGGCCGUACCUCCUCCCACGCACAAGUUCCGCCGAGCAAGAGGAAAGACCCACGCAUCAAGACCCAAACACAAUCAACCCUGUAUUCACACGAUGAACCUCUAG